UCACCUGACAUCCACCAAUCAGAGGCGGGGGGAGGCGGCCUCCCGCCGCGCGAGGCAGCGCAAUUAAACGGAGGGGAGGGCAAUUUAAAUCCUAAAGAGUCUCGCUGAGGAGAGACGCACCGCCGCGCGCAGAGCGGCUCUCAGAGAACCGCAGUCCGCUGACUGAGUCCUCAGGUCCGGGUCUAGACUAACUUGAGCUGCUUCUCUCCAAAGUGCGCACUGUGCGUCACGGCGCGGCGCGCGCGGAUCGGUCAGCUUUGUUUUCUGGAAGCAUCUGAUCUCCUGCUGCUGGACUUUAGGGAGGAAUGUUUGUCUCUGAGCGGAUUAUCUCCUCCUUCAGCUCCCGGUGACUCCCGCCGCCUCAGCGGGGCUCCGUCCCACAGCGCCUCCUCCUCGGCCUCCUGCAGCUCCAGCGGUCGGUCAUAUGAGCGCAGCGUUCAGCCCGUCCUUCAUGGUGAUGCAGCGGCCACUCGGAAGCACCACCGCCUUCAGCAUCGACUCCCUGAUCGGGGGGCCCCCGCAGCCCAGCCCGGGACACUUCGUCUACACCGGGUACCCGAUGUUCAUGCCCUACCGGUCCGUGGUGCUGCAGCCGCCGCCUCCUCCGCCUCCCGCCCUGCAGCAGGCUCUGCCCAGCGCGCACCACCCGCAGAUGCAGAGCCUGCAGAGCGGCUUCUGCUCCAGCCUGGCGCAGGGAAUGACGCAGGGCAUGGCGCUCACCUCCACCCUCUUGGCCUCGCUGCCCGGCGGCUUCUCCCCGUCCCAGCAGCACCAGGAGGCCGCCAGGAAGUUCGGCUCCCAGGCCCUGCACGCCGCCUUCGAGAAAACUCAGGAGCUGCGGCUGGAGGCGGAGGAUGGGAAGAGUUUCCUGCCGGCCAAAGAGUCCGCGCUGCCGGCUUUCCACGACGCAGACACGCCGCUGCAGACCUCCACAGCCAGAGUUCUCAGUAAAGAAGACUCCAAGGAGGAGGAGCGGAAGGAGGAGAGCUUCUCCAUGGACAGCGACCUGGACUACAGCUCCGACGACAACCUCACCUCCAUGUGCCACAAAGAGGACGGAGACGGCGGCGGAGGCCUGGAGGACGGCCCGCACCUCCACGGCUCCUCCUCCGGCGGCGGCGCGGCGGGCGGCGGCAGCGGCGGCAAGAACCGGCGGCGGCGCACCGCGUUCACCAGCGAGCAGCUGCUGGAGCUGGAGAAGGAGUUCCACUGCAAGAAGUACCUGUCCCUCACCGAGCGCUCCCAGAUCGCGCACGCGCUCAAGCUGAGCGAGGUGCAGGUGAAGAUCUGGUUCCAGAACCGGCGCGCCAAGUGGAAACGGGUCAAGGCCGGAAACGUCAACAACAAGUCCGGGGAGCCGAGCCGGAACCCCAAGAUCGUGGUUCCGAUCCCGGUGCACGUGAGCCGCUUCGCCAUCAGGAGUCAGCACCAGCAGAUGGAGCAGGCCCGGCCCUAGAGCUCUGAAAAUAAACUCUGAUUAUUUCCUUUGACUCACUUUUAAAUAUUUACUCUUGAUUUCGUGAUUCUGUCUGAAAUGGAUCAGAACCGAACCAGCUGGAGACUCAAACUCCAUCCUGCAGAAAGAGCCGCAGUUUUUAAUCCAACAAUCCGCCGCAGCUGCGCCAAAAACAGCGCAGAGAGGAUGAGGAGGAGGAAGAGCUGGAACUCUGCUGCUCUGGACUGAAUGAAAGCUGCUAAUUUAUUUCUACUCAAAUGUACAAACCUGCGAUUAAAGGACAGAAAGAG